AUUCUUCUUCUCCCUCUGCCGCCGCUGCGCUCUCCCUCCACCUAUUCCACCUCCUCCUUUCGCUUAUCCCCCCCUCUCUCUCCACCCGCACCCUCCUCCUCCUCCUCCUCCUCCAGAAAAGUCCUUUUUUAGUCCGGGCGCCCGUGGAAGCUUCGACGGUGGCGCCUCCCUCCGUGCGUCGCGAGGCGGCGGUCCGCAAGAGGCUAUGGUUAGGCGCUGAAAGGGCAUCCCUUUCGCGGCUUAAAUACGGGCGUUUUCAUUCAUUCAAUCAGAAAGACAAAGGAUCCUUCACUGAAUUGUACUAAGAAACCCAGGACAGUGCUUGUUGUAGUGGCAGUGGCACCAAGCAGCUAGAGGAAGGGGCCCAGGAUCAUGGGUGCUCUUUGUGAUUUUUGCGGGGAGCAAAGGCCAACAAUUUAUUGCCGAUCAGAUGCCGCGUCCCUAUGCUUAUCGUGCGACCGUAAUGUGCAUUCGGCUAAUUCCCUUUCUCGACGACAUAUGAGGACCCUUCUUUGUGAUCGUUGUGCUUCACAGCCUGCGGCAGUCCGAUGUCUUGAAGAGAACAUUUCACUUUGCCAAAACUGUGAUUGGAACGGGCAUGGCGCGACAUCCUUGGCUGCCGGGCAUCUAAGGCAGACCAUAAAUUGCUACUCGGGGUGCCCAUCAUCAGAGGAGCUGGCAAGAAUCUGGUCCUUUGAUUUUGAUGCCCCUUCUGCAGCUGCUGAGCCGAAUUGUGAGGAAGGAAUAAGCAUGAUGAGCAUUAAUGACAGUGGUGUCAGUAAUCAUUGUCACGAUCAACAAGAUAGCAGCUUGCUGGAUAUAGCUAACACAUCACUCAUCAGUGAUCCACACACUGGCGAAAAGCUUAAAUCCAGUGGCGAAAUGAAUCUUCGGCCACUUCCUACACAUCAGCCAGCUCAAUCAGUUUCUAUGGCACCUAAGGUACCCUGUGUAACAGAUGACGAUAUGUUCAAUGAUGGCAGCAUAUAUGAAAACUUCUGUGUGGAUGAUGCUGGACUGACAUUUGAGAAUUAUGAAGAACUGUUUGGUACUCCUCACAUUCAGACAGAGCAACUAUUUGAUGAUGCUGGAAUUGACAGCUACUUUGGAAUGAAGGAAAUGCCAGCUGCUGAUUGUAACGAGCAGCUCAAACCCAUGCAGCCCGAAUGUAGCAACGCGGUAUCUGCUGACUCCAGCCUCUGUGUUCCUGCUAGGCAGGCCAUAUCCAGUAUUUCCCUCUCGUUCUCUGGUUUCACCGGCGAGGGCAAUGCUGGAGAUCACCAAGAUUGUGGGGUAUCACCCUGGCUUCAUCCUGGUCCUGAAGGUUCAUCUGCCAGUGGUAGCAGAGGUAGUGCUCUCUCGCGGUACAUGGAGAAGAAGAAGAGAAGAAAAUUCGACAAGAAGAUCAGGUACGCUUCUCGCAAGGCUAGGGCAGACGUGAGGAAAAGGGUCAAGGGCCGGUUUGUGAAAGCGGGCGAAGCAUACGACUAUGAUCCACUCUGCGAUACACGAAGCUACUGAAGCACGAAUGGCAUUGGCAAUAUCAUCCAGUGUCGGACUAGCAACAGUUAUAAAGUCGAGCAGCUCAUGCGGUGUUGCUCGCGCUCAGGACAACACUAGCAAUUGUGCCGGAAAAGCGCAACCGGAAGAGCGUUAAAAAAAACACACCAGUUGGUGAGUUGGAAAAUACUACAAAUAGAGAUGGUGCAAACGCUCGGGAAGUUCAUGCUAUGCUGCUGCUGCUUCAUUUUCUGCUUGGAAGUGGAUGGAGCGUGCAGAUAUCAUUUUCUUCUUGGUGGGUGGUUUCGAUCACUCUCCACCAUCAGUGCAUUAAUCCAAUACAAUUACAGGGACUAGUCCUCCCAGCUCUCUACCCACCGCAUGCGUGGGCAUGGCCACGCCAUACCUGCCAAUGCUUUCGUGCGCGGCGCGCUGGCUGGUCAGGUCCGUGAUUAAUUAUACUCGUGUAGUUUCUUCCUGUAACAUUAUUUAUUUAUGAAGCAGGCGCCAGUGCCUGUUAACUUGUAAAGCUUGUUCCUGUAAUUUAAAAGAUUCUGGGCAUGAAGUAGAAGCUUCCAUGUA